AUUGAAGUUCUUUUAUUAGAUAUCAAGAAACACUUUCACAUCAUUUUUAUGUUUGCUCAUGCCGAUAAGCAACCAUCACGCACCCCAAAUUAAAGCAUAAGGUUCUAAACUCGACCUUACAGGAGAAGUGGCCAUCCCAAACACGAUCUGAAACACGUUAAAGAACUUUUAAGACAACACAACAAGAGUCGAAAUUACGAUGCGACCCCAGGCAACUAGCAAAGUUUUCGUAGAAGGUGAUCCUGCUGACCAUCUGCGGUAGAAUGCGUUAGUUUACAUAAUUCGUUUUUGCUGUGUGCAUGCAUGCAUUAUGAGAAUGCGGGGAAUUAAACAGCGCCGGCGCGAAAUGCCCUGUUUAUCAACUUGAGCGGAAUGCAUUACUGUUGAAAAAAUUUCUGCACAGUGAAUUACAUAGAAACCAUAUAAAUCAGUGGCGAAUUGGGAGGUGCUGCAGGACAAGCAGUGGGUGGAGGGCGAAGCAGUAGUUUCUGUCUUAAUGGGCCUUGUCUGAGAGCGCGCAGAUAAGACUGGCCGUGUCAGAACCAGCUCAUCAUCCAGUAACUCUUUUCGUAUUUAUUUCCCUCGACCACUGUACUACAACAUUGCGUAUAUAUGUAUAUUUGUCCUCCUCUUAUAAACCAACAUUCAAACACUUAUUAAAUUUAUCUUCCCCUUCUGGUCCUCCCAAGUAACCCAAGACAAUGGCCUGCUGCCGCUUCCUCGUCGUCGUCGUCGUCGUCGAUGUCUUCGUCCUUCUCCUCCUCGCCCCAAACUCCUCCACCUCUCUCCCGUCGCCGCGCGCGGGGCCGGGCCUCGAGUGCCUCCCGGGCGCGCCCUCCUCCGGCGAGGGCGAGCUCGUCCGCGCGGCGCUCAACGCCACGGCGCGCCGCGUUGGCCACGCGCUGUACGGCGCCGCCUCCGCGCUCGUCGGCGGCGGAGCCGGGCCCGCCGACGCUCUCGCCCGCGCGGCCGCCGAGGACUGCGUGGAGCUCCUGGGCGACUCCCUCGCCCUCCUCUCCCGCUCCCUCCUCUCCCUCUCCCUCUCCCGCUCCCGCUCCCGCUCCCGCCCCGCCUCCGACGACGUCCGCACGUGGCUCAGCGCCGCGCUCACCAACCAGGACACGUGCGAGGAGGGCCUCGACGCGAUCCGAGACCGCCGCACCAGGAUCCAGCUCCAAGCCCACUUCAUCGACCUCCGCACUCUGCUCAGCAGCGCGCUCGCCGUCUUCGCCGCCGCCGGCGACAGCGGCGAAUUCUCGGGAAUUCCCAUCCAAGACAAGAAGAAGGCGAAGCGAGUGCUACUACGAGCAGCAAACACCGACGACGACGGUCGUAAAUCCCGAUUCCGAUUCCCGGAGUGGGUGACAAGGAAGGACCGCCGGCUGCUCCAGUCGCCGGGGGCGGACAUAAAGGCGGACAUGGUGGUGGACAGCAGCGGCGGCGGGGGCGGGAACGGGACGUUCGCGAGGAUCUCGGACGCGGUGGAGGCGGCGCCGGAGAACAGCGAGCAGCGAAUCGUGAUCUACGUGAAGGCCGGAACCUACUACGAGAACGUGAAGGUCGGGAGGAAGAAGACGAAUCUCAUGUUUGUCGGCGAUGGCAAGGGCGAGACCAUCGUCGCCGCCGGCCGCAGCUUCGCCGACAACUACACCACCUACCGCACCGCCACCUUUGCUGCGACGGGAGCAGGGUUUAUAAUGAAGGACAUGACGGUCGAGAACUGGGCGGGACCGGAGAAGCACCAGGCAGUGGCGCUCCGCGUCGGCGCCGACCAAGCGGUAGUAUACCGCUGCAAUAUCAUCGGGUACCAGGACACGCUAUACGUCCACUCCCAGCGGCAGUUCUUUCGCGAGUGCGACAUAUACGGCACCGUCGACUUCAUCUUCGGCAACGCCGCUGUAGUUCUUCAGAACUGUAGUAUAUGGGCUCGCAAACCCUUACCGAUGCAGAAGAACACAGUCACGGCGCAAAACCGAAAGGACCCGAAUCAGAACACCGGCAUCUCAAUCCACGCCUGCCGCGUCGAGGCCACGCCGGACCUCGAACCUGUGAAAUCGUCUUAUCCGACCUACUUGGGCCGGCCGUGGAAGCUGUAUUCGAGGACGGUGUACAUGCAGUCCUACAUGGGGGAUCACAUCCACCCGGCCGGGUGGCUCGAAUGGAACGCGACGUUCGCGCUGGAUACGCUGUACUACGGCGAGUACAUGAACUACGGGCCCGGCGCGGCGCUCGCGAACAGAGUGACAUGGCCCGGGUACAGAGUGAUCACGUCGCCGGAGGAAGCGAAUAAGUUCACGGUGGCGCAGUUCAUCUACGGCUCCUCUUGGUUGCCCUCCACAGGGGUGUCGUUCUUGGCUGGGCUGUCCGAGUGAAAGCACUAUGUUGGAUCUUUUGUAAUUACUUUUACCUGUCUUUUGUAAUUUGUACUCUUUCAAUUUUUAUUUAUUUCAUUUACUUUAGUUAACCUUAUUAGUUAUAUAAAUCAAUACAACUUUGAAUGAUAUAUGGCAUUUCU